AUCUUAACAAAAAAUAACCCAGGUGUGUGUAAUUUGUUUAUAGCAAUACUCUCGCAGUGUCUGUCUUUUCCGCUUAUCAAAGUGGAUUCCUGGCCACAAUCGGAAAAGUUAGCGACCGAUUUUGAGGGGGUUUACGACCCGGAUAGAGCCAAUUAGUGAGUGACUGUUUGUGGUUUCCCCACAACGCGCCUGAUUCCAGCUUGUUCAGUGUACUAAUAAUGACAACGAACCCAAGUCACCAGAGCCAGGAGGACGUGCAGAUCACCAUGGGCGGAUCGGGAGCAGGAUCCGGAGGUGUCGGUGCCCCGGAGAGACUGCCUGCCAUCAACACAGCUGAGCAGCGCUUUCCAUAUUGUAUUGUCUGGACACCUAUACCCGUGCUCACCUGGAUUUUGCCCGUGAUCGGUCAUAUGGGUAUCUGCACCUCGGCUGGCGUGAUCAGGGACUUUGCUGGCGCCUACUUCGUCUCGGAGGACAACAUGGCCUUCGGUCGGCCCACCCGCUACCUCCGAUUGCAGCCAAACUUUGUGGAGGGCGGCAGCGAUGCCUGGGACGAGGCUGUUUCGAAGGCAUCGGUGCUGUACGGCACGCGGAUCCACAACAUCUUUUGCGACAACUGCCACUCGCAUGUGGCGACGGCACUCAUCAAUAUGCGCUACAAGAAUAGCACAGGCUGGAACAUGCUAAUCCUGAGCAUGUGGCUUUUCGUCUGCGGGCGCUACGUUGGCAUUGGGGGUGUACUGAAGACCUGGCUGCCCUUUGUCGUUCUCCUGACGUUCUGCAUCCUGUUGAGCGUCUACUUUUAAAGUUUAAUUGCUUUGUUUUUAAGUAUUUCCAAUAAAACGUAUUUGUAUUUAUCAUGUUA